UACAUGUACAAAAAUAUCUUAUUGCCAAAGGAAAGGUUUCCUCUAAAAAGCGUAUCAAAACACGUCUAACCUAAGAUCCCAAAUCAAAAUCAGCCUUGAAUCCCCCAUUGUUGUAAUCAAGUGGAGCUUGACGAUGAUGCAGAACGAAGAUUGAAUUAAAUUUGCGUUCAGAUGAUCAACUGGAGUCGAAUUUACGGCAGUAUUUAUAGAAAAUGAUCAACGAGAAUCGUAACAAAAAACCACUCCAUUCUCGAUAUGUCAAGGCUCUUGGGGUUCAGAAACAUUAAAAGAAUUGUGCAAUCAAUUCGAACAAACAACUCAAGAAUCCAAUCAACAGAUGGGAACCACAAAUCAGUCGAUAAAGUCGCUCUAUUUUCCUCACAACCCACUUUCCCUUCUAAACAACGUACUUUCUUUUCCCGAAAUACCCCUGGUUCAUUUCACAAUGAGAAACCACUUUCUCCCAUACUCAAAAUCUCCCGAGCAUUUACUUUAUCACUAACCCACUCUUAUAUAGUCAUUCCUGGUAUAAUACUAUACAAAAACACAACAUUAGCAAAAACCAGAACAAAUCUUGAAUCUUUUCAACCAAGAAACAACACUCUUUACAUAGAAGAUGGACACGCCCUUUUAGUUUCAUCAAUCUUAUCAAUUUUUGAAUGUUUCAUAUUAUUAAUCCGCGCAUUAUAUUUAGCAAUUUUAUUCUCCCCCACCAUAACCACAGCUCCAUUCGCUGAAUACUUUGGUGAUUCCUCAAGAAAAAAAUGGCUAAAACUCGUUCGUAGGACAUUAGAAAUAGCAGGUCCCGCUUUUAUAAAAUGGGGUCAAUGGGCUGCAACAAGGCCCGAUCUUUUUCCUAGAGACAUAUGCACAGAACUUUCAAAACUUCACACACAGGCCCCUGAACAUUCCUAUGCGUACACUAAAAAGACAAUUGAAAAAGCUUUUGGGCGUAAAAUUCACGAGAUAUUUGACGAUUUUGAAGAGAUUCCGGUAGCUUCCGGAAGCAUUGCUCAAAUUCAUCGGGCGAAAUUAAAAUUAAAAUCACACGGUAAAAAAACGGUGAAGCCGUUAGUGGUGGCUGUAAAAGUUAGGCAUCCGGGGGUGGGUGAAUCGAUUAGGAGAGAUUUUGAGAUAAUUAAUGUUGUUGCAAGAAUUUCUGGGUUUUUGCCAACUUUGAAAUGGUUAAGGUUAGAUGAAAGUGUGCAACAGUUUGCUGUUUUUAUGAUGUCACAAGUGGAUCUUGCACGUGAAGCUGCUCAUUUGAGUCGAUUUAUUUACAAUUUUAGAAGAUGGAAAGAUGUUUCGUUUCCAAAGCCUGUUUAUCCACUUGUACAUCCUGCUGUUUUGGUUGAAACUUUUGAACAAGGUGAAAGUGUUGCGUUUUAUGUUGAUGAGCUUCAAGGACACGAGAGGCUUAAAAGUUCGCUUGCUCAUAUCGGGACCCACGCACUUCUCAAAAUGCUUCUGGUGGAUAAUUUCAUACAUGCGGACAUGCAUCCUGGGAAUAUUCUAGUACGAAACAAAUCAUCGAGGAAAAGGAUAUUUAAAUCAAAGCCACAUGUUGUGUUUCUUGAUGUUGGAAUGACUGCGGAACUUUCCGGAAGCGAUAGAGUGAAUUUGUUGGAGUUUUUUAAAGCGGUUGCCAGGCGAGAUGGUGACACUGCAGCAAAAAGCAUGUUGAGGUUAUCAAAACAGCAGAAUUGCCCUAAUCCGCUAGCAUUUAUAAAGGAAGUAAAAGAGUCGUUUGACUUUUGGGGUACGGAAGAAGGCGACAUUGUACACCCGGCUGAUUGCAUGCAUCAGUUGUUGGAGCAAGUAAGGCGUCAUCGAGUCAAUGUUGAUGGAAAUGUUUGCACUGUGAUGGUUACAACUUUGGUUCUUGAGGGUUGGCAAAGGAAGCUGGAUCCGGAUUAUGAUGUUAUGCAUACACUACAAACAUUGUUGUUAAAAGAAGAUUGGGCAAAGUCACUAACCUACACGAUAGAAGGAUUAAUGGCCCCAUAAACUUGAUUUAAAGAAAAAGUUUUGGAAACAUAAAGUGUUCAUAGUUGUUUAAACGAUAUCUUUGAUUGGUUUAAUCUUUUUUCCAACUGUUGAAAAUUUUGUAGAUGAAUUUUUGAGUUUAUGAAAGCAAAAAUACUAGCAAUGAA